CAUAAUUUUCUUUAAUAAAUAUUUUUUUUAUGAAUUAAGUACAUGUUAUUAAUUUUGAUGCAAUGUGAGCAGAAAUAGCCUCAUAAAAAUGAAAGUGCCUCACUGAAAUAACGAGACCUUGGUAACAAGAUUAUUAAUUCAGAAUUCAGCUGAGGUCAGACUAUAGAAUGGGGGAGAAGAGAUUGUCGAGGUGGUACUUCGGUGGACUGGCCUCAGCAGGUGCUGCUUGUUGUACCCAUCCUCUCGAUCUUCUUAAGGUUCAUCUGCAGACUCAGCAGGAAGGCAAGAUCUCCAUAGUGAGGCUGACGGGGACCAUCGUUAGAGAGCAAGGUUUCCUGGCGUUAUACAAUGGCUUGUCAGCUUCAUUAUGUCGUCAGCUGUCGUACUCUACUACUAGGUUCGGCAUAUACGAGAUAGCCAAGCAGGCUGUAGCUCCUCAUGGGGAGGCUAUAUCGUUCCCGGAGAGAGUGGGGAUGGCUGCUGCGGCCGGUGCGGCGGGGGGAAUUGUGGGAACUCCAGCGGACCUGGUGAACGUUAGAAUGCAGAACGACAUCAAACUCCCUGUGGACAAGAGAAGAAAUUACAAGCACGCCUUUGAUGGACUGUUCCGAGUGUAUCGAGAGGAAGGGUUCACUCGGUUGUUUGCUGGAGCCAGUACAGCCACGAGCCGAGCUGUGCUGAUGACUGUGGGUCAACUGUCCUUCUACGACCAGGUCAAGCUGAUGCUGCUGGCGUCUGGCUACUUCACUGACAAUCCUGGCACUCACUUUCUCUCUAGUCUAACAGCUGGUGCCGUGGCCACUACUCUUACACAACCACUGGAUGUUCUCAAGACAAGAGCAAUGAACGCUAAGCCAGGAGAAUUCAAGGGCAUUUGGGACUUGGUCCUUUACACAGCUAAGCUUGGCCCCCUCGGCUUUUUUAAGGGCUACGUUCCGGCUUUUGUUCGCCUUGCUCCUCACACCAUCUUGACGUUUGUGUUCCUGGAGCAACUUAGGACCAAUUUUGGUGUUGUCCAGAAAUAACGGGUAAAAAGUGGGGUUAUGGGACCAGAUUUUAGUUGUUAACAAGCAGUAGGACAGCUUGUAGGCUGAUCCGACUUAUAGGCAUGCUGAUCACAGCGCAGAUUUAAAGGAAAGAUUUCUUAGAAUCAAAACAAGUUUUCCACUAACUAUCCCACACAUUAUGUUGUGGUGUAAAAUAAUAGUUACUAUUCAGUGUGUUUUUGAAACAUACACUGGUUCAGCUAUUGUAAAAUGCCGUUUUGAAAGACGAUGACUUUUUUUCAACAUCAGUGCAACAUUUACCGAUCAAAAUAAUAUGUUGAGUAGGCCUAAUAAAUCUGCCAAAUGCAUAUAUUGAGUUUCAAAUUAAACCAGAUCUUGCUCACUGGGAACCACAGUUAAAAUCAUGAAUGUACGGAACAAUUUAAUUCGCAUGAAUAGUGGAAAGUUAGGAAAUCUUUCAUUUGUCUUUCUUUUUUAAAUUACUGUCAUAGUAUAACUAUAACAGUAAAAGUUUACACAAAAUAAUGAACUAACUGAAUUUUAAAUUUACUUAUUUCAAUCAUUGUUAACUUGUGAUGAAUUAAUGCUGUUCAUAACUUAUCAAGUUCAAACCCCCCCCUUGAGAGAUGGUUUUAAUCUAGAAACAUUAAAUUUGUUUUUGGAAAAACCUUAGAUACACAUAAAAUAUGACACAAGAGCUGCAGUGUUUCUUUUUAUUGUAUAGAACAUAUAAAAUAUGUUGAAGAUAGUAGGAUAAAAUAAUUUAAUAGUUAUUUGGUUGUUGCCUAGUUGUAAUUAAUUUGUUUGUAUAUUACAAACAUGCUAGAUAGGGAUGGCUUGGUUAUAGUUAACUGUUGCAAAUAAUUUAUGUUAUUAAAUAACGUGUUAUAUUGUUACAAAUUGAUUAUUUUUUUAGUUAAUUGAGAAAUUUCUUUUAGAAAUAUUUUUGGUUCUCAAGCUGUUGUGUUGAGCUAUAUUUGAGCAUUUGAUGUUUCGUAACACAUUCAAAGUAUAUAAUUAUAGUACAGUAGACUGUGAUCAUUGUUUGAUAAUAUUUUGUUACCUUCAUACAGCAAAGCUGUUAAUGUUGAUCUUUUCUUCAUGUUUUUAUUUAAUUCUAAGUUUUUUAUUCUUUUAAUAUUUAACAAAGUUAUAUAUACAUUUCACACUUUUAUUUGUUUCCUUCCAUGAAACCUUUGCGGUUACAUUUAUUUGUACUAAUAAAGCAUUCUGUCCAACACUGGACUAGGCUAUGAACUGUUGAGUUAUUCAGAAAACACCUAUUUUAUCACAGCUUUUAUGAAAAAAUUAAUGAAAUUCGAUGGGUGAAUGAGAACAAAACUGUGAAAGAAAACAUGUUUAUUAAUUUAGGUUAGCAAUAUACAUUUUUUACAUUACUGUAGUGUAUAUACAAACCAAUGGUAAUAGUUUUCUUUAACAGACAAAGGAAAGUAUAACCUAAAUAAUUUGUUUUAUCCCAGCAUUUCCAUGAAGUAGUAUGUUGAAUCAUUCCUGUAUGUUACAUGAAAUAUGAGUGUUCUUAACCAAUAUAUGACAACUAUGUUCUGCCUUAUACAAUAAAACUGAUGACCAGUUAAAAAUGUAACAAGUAAUACUUUUCUCUCUGUAAGCAGACUCAUUGAAUUUAGUUGUUUGAGAUGUUCACAAAGUAUUUUAUAUAUAAUAAUUAAUCAUUAAAACAAGAAACUACAGUGCAUGAAACUAAAAUGUGAAAUACAUUGCAGAGAUUGUGGUUGACAUAACAAUUUAGGCAAAGAUAAAUAGUUGUUUGGUGAAUGGCAUUGUGAAUUGUAAACAGCGUUACAACCACUUACAUGUUAACCUCUUCAAAAUGCAUGGGGAAAAUAGGAUUUGAAGUGUUAACCUACAAGUUUGGGUGUAAAGGUUUAGUAGUGCUUAUCUGUGAUCUUAUUACAAUGCCCAGCUUCAAUAACACUAUAAGUGUGUGAUAAGCCAUUAGCUAAAAAAAAUUAAUGGCUAGAAUAUAUUUUGAUUGAUUAAUUAAGCAAUAUUUUUGUGUCACAUAAGGCCUAACCUACAGAGAAGUAAGAUACAGAGGAAAUAUUUCAUGGUACACUUAAGUCGUGUCUAGUUAAAAAGCUUUUGGAAGUUCCUUUCCGCUCUCUUUUUCCUCACCAUUACAGCGCUCACGCUAUAGGAGCCUGUGCGCUACAACUGCUGUUGUAAACAAUAGCCGUUUGGGCUCUUCCUUGCUCGGUACUAAUAUAUUUCCGCCACACCAUUCCAGAGCUAAAAGCGCACGGUUGUUCCAUAAGCAUGUUUUCUCUGUAUACUUCUCUGUGCCUAACCUUAAUGCUACCUCAAAACUCAGUUUUGAUAAAACUUCAUUUUAAUGAAAGCAAUAUUUUGUAUGCCUUUUUAAUAAGUUAGACUUUUGAAAUAAUUUUAACUUACUGUAUGAUUCAAAUGUUUUAUCACCUAGCAUUGCUUUCUUAAUUUUAAUAUCUAAGCUAUGAGCAACAAGAAAGUCAGGUUCAAUUCUGUUUCGUACCCAGACUGCUGAUUUGUUUUGUUUGGAACCUGAAAGGCUUGCCACUCUUACUAUAGCUUGGAGACCUUACUGUUAGGUAAAACGAAAAUAGAGAGUUACUGAUAAAACUGUUACAGCGUUUCAAGGCUUUUAUAUAUCUGUGUUCAUUAAAAUGUUGUACGUAUUUUUGUCUAUAAAGUUAAUCAAGUAAAAAUACAAUUUUCAUAGACAAUAUCGACUUAAUCAUGUUUCUAGCUGUUGUGAAAUGCUGUUGUUGUAUAAAAGAUUUAGUUUUAUAAAAUAAAACUGGUUUUACCACUUGCAAGUGGUUUUAUUAUUGUUAUUAAAUUUUUUUACAAAUCA